AUGAGUUAUAAGGCCAAUCAACCAUCUCCUGGGGAGAUGCCGAAAAGGUCACCUUCUAUCCUGGUGACAGAUGCAAGAACAUCCAAGAAUAGAAUGAGUGCACCGUUCGCUGGCCAUGCUGCUGGCAGCAGGAAGAAUAUGGAGAACAAAGGACUUACUAGGUCUCAAGGCGUUCGCUCUUCCGCUAUUGGUCCUUCUCCGCUGCAGAAUCCUACUCACCCAAGAAGGCGAUCGUCUGGCAGGUUUAGCGAUAUAUCCAUAGAUAAUAUUCUGUCUGAUAAUUCGGAUAUUCCCUCCGCUAGGAGGGAGGAAAGGCUAUCCAGCUCUUCAAGUGAUAGGCCUCACCAUUACGAGCGGUUAAGCUCGCGUAGAAAGAUGAUCAAUCCCUUACCUCCAAGAACAUCGAAGACUUCACAAAAGUUGGUGCUGAUACCUGAAGACGAUAACUUGAACCACUUUCAAACUUUACCAACAAACGCGUUGGAUAGACGAAGGCCGAAGGUGGGCUCUAUAAAGUCCAAUUCCUCCGAUCGGUUGACUCGAUACUCAAGAGAAAAAUCCAUGGCAAGAAUCACUGCAUAUAAUGUUGCUGACGGCUUCAAUCUUAACCAAUUGUAUAAAUUUCUGCAGGAGACUCAUGAGGUUUCACCAAGAUUGUAUGAUGAAUGUUUAUACGUUGCGUAUACUUUGCCACUUUUACCAGGUAAAGGCGGUUUCAGAAUAAAAUCAAACAUAUCGAAGAAAACAGUGGGUGGUAAGACAUUGAUUGAUAAUUUAAUAGAUACAAGCGAACAGAGAGAUCAUCACUAUGAAUAUUACUCAGGAGUCGAGACUGUGGAAGAUGCAAAUAACAAUUACGAACUAGAAACCAACGGCAAUAACAAUAGCACUAAUCAAGACACCACAAUAGUCCCCGAUCAUUUACCCAAUCCAAUAGGUCAGCAGGACUCUUUUAAUCCUAUGGAACCACAAUUUUUCGCAGAGGAAACUCCCUCAGAAAUAGAAAAACGGGAAAGAACAGAAAGAAUAAAUAUGCUGAAAAAGAAGGAGAACGACAGUGACGCAAGCGGUAGCGACAAUAAUAAUAGUGAUGGUGAAAGUAAAAGUUAUGCGGUUGAAGGUAAGGACCGGUAUGCACAGUCUUCUCGCUCGCCACCACCACCCUCAUCAGCAUCUACACCAUCACCACCACCCUCGUCACAGGAUGAUUUUGACCGUGUAUACGAAAUGCAUAGGGACAAUGAUCAUGAAGGCAAUGAUAGACACGCAGAAAUUUUCAUUUUCCAUUAUGGCGUUAUUGUUUUUUGGAACUUUACUGAGAUUCAAGAGAAAAAUAUUCUUGGCGAUAUAACAUUUGCAGACUAUAAGAAUUUAAUGAUCCGGCCACUGGAUGAACAGGAUAUUGAAACUGAACAAUUCCACUUCGAAUAUGAUAGGGAUACCGAAAGGCCGAGAAUUUUCAACGAUAUUGUCACAUUGCGUUCAGGCGACCACAUUAUUGAACUGACACUAUCACAUGCCAUCGCCCAAUCCUCGAAAUUAUCAAGGUUUGAAUCCAGAAUUUCACCGAUUUUGAUAUCAGUCACGAAAUUACCGAAAAGACUAGCAUUAUACGGUACCCUCGGAUUAAAGAGAGAGCAGCUUUUGAAAAAGUCAGGGAAGCUUUUUAAACUAAGAGUGGAUGUUAACCUUUCAUCUACCAUAUUGGAUACACCUGAGUUUUUUUGGUCGUUCGAACCAAGUUUGCAUCCACUUUACGUGGCGAUGAGGGAGUAUUUGGAAAUUGACCAAAGGGUACAAGUACUAAAUGAUCGUUGUAAAGUUUUCCUGGAAUUCUUUGACAUAUGUGUCGACUCUGUUGCUGAAAGAAACAUGGCCCGUGUUACAUGGUGGUUUAUUCUUGUCAUUUUAUUUGGAGUCAUAUUUUCAUUAACAGAAAUAUUCGUUCGUUAUGUAAUUAUUCACCGUCAUACUGCUACAUAG